GUCUUGACCAAUCACAUUACAGAGACUAUAACUAAAGAGAGAAAUUAAUGGAUACUUGAAAAGAAAAAAAGAAAAAAAAACGCUCGUCUUCUUCUUCUUCUUCUUCUUAUAUUACUUCUUCCUCCCACACAGACAAAUUUUGUAACGAAGACGGGAUCGCGAUAAGAUCACGGUGAUCGAAAAGCCCUAAGAAGUAUUUUCAAGGGAAAGGGACUUAAAGAUGCAUACUUUUGGUUACAGAGCAAAUGCUCUGCUCACUUUCGCAGUCACGGCUCUUGCUUUCAUUUGCGCAAUCGCGUCCUUCUCAGACAAAUUCAGCAACCAAAAUCCUUCUGCUGAGAUCCAGAUACUUAAUAUCAAUCGGUUUAAGAAGCAAUCUCAUGGUAACGAUGAGGUCAGCUUGACACUGGACAUAUCAGCAGACUUGCAAUCACUUUUUACUUGGAACACCAAACAGGUUUUUGUUUUCGUAGCAGCAGAGUAUGAAACCCCAAAGAAUUCCCUGAAUCAGGUUUCUCUAUGGGAUGCCAUUAUUCCUGCCAAGGAACAUGCCAAAUUCCGGAUUCAAGUCUCAAACAAGUACCGUUUCAUCGAUCAGGGACAGAAUCUUCGGGGCAAAGACUUCAACUUGACAUUACACUGGCAUGUCAUGCCCAAGACCGGGAAGAUGUUUGCUGACAAGAUAGUCUUGCCUGGUUACAGUUUACCAGAUGCAUACAGAUGAUGAAGAUUGAAUAAAACAUCAAACCUAGUCCAAGACUUUUUGUAUUUCAGUUUUCUGAAAAGUUUUAGACUUUCUUUUAUUCCAAAGAAAACUAAUUCAAAAGUACUAUUGUUCUCUUAGAAUCAAACAAAACUAUUCUUUUUAGUGAUCUUAAUUAGUUGUUAAUGAGGUGAAAAUCACGACCUCUUAAUUUAAAAUAAGGUUUAUAACGAGGUCAAGUAGGACCCUGAAUUAGAACAUUGUUUCAACAGAACUAUGACCUAAAACUUUAUCUACCCUUUUGCUCUUCAUGGAUUCUCUAAUUAGCUUAACAUCAGCCCAUCGGCCAGCUUUGGCGUAUAUAUUAGAUAGAAGAACAUAGAUUCCGCUACCAAGUUCUUCUGGCUCAGCAACCAUGGAUCUUAUCCGAUCAGUGAGCUCGAGAUUUUCAUGUAUAUCACAACCAUUUAACAAUGCACCCCAUAUAUUAACAUUGGGUUUUACCGGCAUAGUCUUUACCAAUCUCUCUGCCUCUUCAAAACGACCAGCACGGCUCAAGAUAUCAACCAUACAUCCAUAGUGUUCAACUGUUGGUUCUAAGCCGUGAAGAUCUCUCAUUUCUGCAAAGUAUCUCUGUCCUUCCUCAACUAAACCUAUGUGGCUACACGCAUAUAAGACCCCGAGAUAUGUGAUUCCAUCAGGUGUAGCAUUACCUUUCUCUUGCAUCCUCUGGAAUAUACUCAAUGCUUCAUUCCCGUGGCCGUGACUGGCUAACCCAAUGAUCACAACGGUCCAAGCUAUUGUAUCUUUCUUCUCCAGAUCUUCAAACGCUUUUUUUGCGCUCUCAGCAUCACCGGUUUUAGCAUACAUAUUUACAAGUGCACAAACUAUGGCAGCAUCCUUCACAAAGCCGGUUUUCGAUACAUAAGCGUGAAUCGAUUGUCCCAAUUGUGAACAUCCUUGGAUCAUGGAAGCUCUGAUAACACUCAAAAAGGUUACUUUAUCAGGAGCUAUACCCAAAUCAAGCAUAUCCAAAAACAUACACAGUGCUUCCUCUGCAUCACCGUUCUGACUAUACCCUGUAAUGAUGGAGUUCCAAGAAACCAAGGUUCUCUCAGGCAUUCCAUCGAACAGAUACCUCGCAGUUCUCAGAUCUCCACAUUUAGCAUACAUAUCAAUGAGACUUGUAGCCAAAAUCACAUUGAAUCCAACUUUGGACUGAAAAUAUGGAUCAAAGCCUAAUCCUUGAAGAAACCCAUGAAACCAUUUCCCAGUCACAAUGUCUUUACAUCUACCACAAGCAACCAAAAGAUCCACCAUUAUUGUCUCAUUUGCCUUCACACCAUUACUCUGCAUCUCCCUAAACGCCUCAAUAGCGUCACUAAACCGAUUGUUAUUCACAAAACCAGAAAUCAAACUUCCCCAAGCAACAACGUUCCACUGAGGAAUAUCCUCAAAAACUCUCAAACCAUAAUUCACUUCUCCACAACACAUAUACAUAUGAAGCAAGCAAGUAGAAACAUACAUAUUCACUUCAAACCCAGUUUUCACAACAAACCCAUGAACACAACUCCCGAAUUGAAUAUCCCUUAACCCAGAACAAGCCUUAAGAACAUAAGGAAAAGUGAAAUAAUCCGGAGAAUAACCUUUUCGAAGCAUUUCUUGGUAAAAGAUCAAUGCUUUAUCUGGAUUUGGACUGUUUGAGUAGCCUCUGAUCAUAGAGUUCCAUAUAUAAACACUUGGACAAUCGAUACUUUCGAAAACUGAUCUCGCGUAGCUGAGAUUCAUAGUCUCAGGACAAGUAGUGCAGAAAUCUAUGAGUCGGCUUAGAGGAAUGACGUUUCUGAUAACUGAGGAUUUGAUCAUUAAACCAUGGAGUUGAUUCAGUUCCACCAAUGAUCUGCAAUUCUCUAGCUGAGAGAGAAUUGGUUUGUAGUGCUUCUUCAUCAUAUUCUUUGAUUAUCAU